AUGAAAUCCCCGAACCUCACUUUGAUAGCCGAUCUCCUCUACAUUAUUCUAGUUUGGUUUCCAUUUACAGGUAAGAGCAACUAUAACAUAAAAUUGCUGGAUUUAUUUGUUAUGCUGGGGUUAUUAAUCAAGAUGACGGAUGCGUUGGGAAGUUCCGCUAAUUUCGUUAUACCAAUACGUUACGCAACAUUUAUUACAUAACGUGGGAUUAAGAUUAAUUUGAAAAGAUGGUAGAAAGUGUAAGAUAAAUGGGAGAGGUUCUUGCAACGAUCUUCGGUUCCUAAAUGCCCUGCGGCUCUUUUUAAAUGGCUCGCUUUCCCUCUAAAUUAGCAUAAAUCUGUUUGGCCGCCCGAUUGGCGUUCUCUGGAGACCGACGAUGAGCCGAGAAGAAAAAGUUAAAAAUGGAUUUUGUUGAUGCGCAUCUCCUCAGGCCCUUUAUCGUCGGAUUCCGGCACUUUUCUCGGCUCGUUGACACUUCUUGGCCAUCUCUUUCGCUUCAAAUGCGCAUCUUUGAGACUGAGUAAUAGCCAGUUAAUGUCAUCAACAGUCAUGUUUCCAGCCCUUUUAUGUCAGCUAUUCAACGGUAAUCGAUGAUGGUUAGGAUUAGGAUGUGGUUCUGGAGAUGUCAUUAGAGAUUGAAUAAUUUCAUGAUUUCAGUAUGUGUCCGCACUCCAACUCCAUCUUAUGCGCCAGAUGUGAUGAUGAACAUAACUGCCAUAAAGGGACAAAAUGUCGAAUUUAAAUGUCGAAUAAUAGACCCUGGGCCCUAUCUUGUAGCGUUCUUUCGGGUAGAAGACACUCCUCGGCUUAUAUCAUACGACGAGCAGGUACAUACGUAUUCGAAUUUAAAUUUAACCAUCUUUUUUGUUGUUUACGGUGCUUCGAAAGGCGUUUAUGUUAAAAUUGGCGCUGAGAUUUGUGAUUCGAUUUAAUAAUUUCCUGUUCCAGGUUUUUCGCCAGAUAGAAAAGUAUGAAUUGAAGAAAAAAGUAACCGAGGAAGAGUGGAUCUUGACAGUCAAAAAUGUGGACGAAACAGACGCCGGAGGGUAUUCUUGCCAACUAAAUACAAAUCCAGUCAUGGCCAGGAUCGGGUACUUGGCUUUAAGAGGUGAGCACCCCAUAGAUACCUGAGAAAAGGCGUACAUUCAUUUACAUUACUUGACCCUUGGAGGUUUAUUUUUUUUAUUUUAAGAUAAUUGUUCUCCUCCGAGGUUUCCAAGCGUAUCGGGCCCCCUUUUUACCUUCUUAUUCCCUUCUUGUUGCAUAUUAGAUCAAAUCUGAGCGCCCGCCCAUAAUUACUUUCAGUGCCGCCAAUUGUUUCGCGCAGCUCCACGCCGUCGGCGGUUGAGGUCAGAGAAGGGCAUAAUGUGACAUUAAAUUGUGAAGCCAAUGGGAAUCCAGCCCCAAAAAUAACCUGGCGAAGGCAGGAUCGGCAAAUUAUCCGCUUCAAUGGGGCUACUGGAUACGGAGGUGAGAAACGAUGACAAUCAAGACAGCAGAAUCAAAAAGUUUAAUGCAAUUAUUACAUUGCAGCCUCAGUUUACAAUGGAUCUGAGUUAACGUUGACUCGAGUGAGCCGCAAACACAUGAGUGAAUACGUUUGUGUGGCCACAAAUGACAUCCCUCCCGACGAAACCUGGACCGUGAAACUUCAUGUGACAUGUAAGAUACGAUUGCUACUUUUAUGAUCCCCUUCAUUUUUACAGUCGAACCCUCAGUUAUUCCUCAAAGUACUCUGGUCGAAGUUUCCUUGGGUUCUUUGGCCAGAUUGGUCUGUAAUGUGGAAGCCUGGCCUCGGGCAAUGGUCACCUGGUACUUCAAUGAUGUAGAACUCUUUGAUUCGGGAAGUUUUCGGAUGGAACAGUCGGUGACGGAGAGGUACAAGACAGUUCAUGUCCUGGAAGUACAGUACGCAGAGUCCCAUCACUUCGGAGUCUACAAAUGUGUGGCCGCCAAUGACUUCGGGAAAGAAUUCGCGACCAUCAGACUGGUCCAAUCUCAACCAAUUUUCAGCUCAAAUCAAGUGCUAGCAACAGAGGGUACGCAAGUGCUUCAUGAGUUUUUAAAUUUCACGGUUCUCUCACUUGUUGGUUGACUAAUAUUUUUGCUUUCUCUCACCCCAGGAUAGCUUUGAACUUACACUUAAAUUGCAGUGAGUUUAGGUUCGGGAGACACAGAGAAGGAGAAUAUCCCGACCAAUUCAGUGGAUGAUGAGGAUGGGACUGAACAAAAAGAGGCAAUAAGCACUAACACAGGCACGCUUUUUGCACUCACUUGCUUUAUGCUGGUUAUUACACAAUAACAAUUUCACCUUUUUCAGAACUCCGACAAACCUCCCAUUCCUUCAGGUUAUCAGGUAAAUUGCAAGUCUUAAAUAUCAAAUUAAACCAUACUCUUAGCCUGUACAUCACUGGUGACAGUUGCUUUGAUUCUCAGGAUACCUUGUUUUCUCAGGAUACUGGCCAUAACAUGA